UGUGGCAAACACUGUUGUCACAUUUGUUACAGUGGUGCGAUGUUUUAGCGAAAUUAUUUGUGUACGUACUUUUGAAGCAACGCCGAAGACUCAUUCAUCUUGUCACAAACACGAAUGCUGCGAUCCAAGUGUGUUUUCAAAACUGACACCGCCUCACAAGAGCAGUGGACUCUCUCUGCUGUCCAACAUGGAUGAGAGCUCACAAGGCUCCGUCGAACUGAUUGAAGGAGUUGAGAUGGUGACUCCUCACGGGGAAAAACUUCGAGGCACCAUGAGGGAGGAGUACAUGCAGCAACCCUGUAUUGACAUUCAUCGUGUCUCUGGAGGCUCACCUGGCGGGACUCUUCUCACAACAGACCUCAUGCAAGGUCACAUGCAUCCUCAGAUGGUGGAGGAAUUUACAACUCAUGGUGGGACAGAGUACUAUGAACAUCACAUAUUGCAAGAACAUGACUUGGGUGAUGCUGACCGACAACUUGUUGAAUUGCAGGCAGUGGUUGAAGAGCCUCAGAAUUUGACAGCCCCUGUCACUGUGGUUGGAGAAAAGGGUGAAAUAGCAGCCAUGUUGUCAGCCUAUAUUCAAACCACAGGUGACAUUACGGGUACUCACCAGAUAAUAAUUGACUCCAGUGAUAGAAGUGUUAAGAUGUUUCAACAGCAAAGACUGCCCUCCUUGUCCUCUUUACCACCUUUGAAGAAGGCGUUACCUAAUUCAACUAUACGUAGCCGCUAUUUGAGACAUCAACCUCAUCAUGCUCUUGAUGAGGAAGUUACACUGACUCCUAUGACAACACACCAUACUCUUGAUGGAACAAAUGUUAUUGUAGGGCAACAUAUAGUUCAUGAAGAUGCAGUUGAAGGGCAUAGGUUAUUGGCCACAACAGAUGCUGAAGGGCACACUAUUUUGGUUGAAGACCCUAUUACUCAGAAGAUACUCCAAGAAUCUGUAAACCAACAUCGUAUAAUCACUCAUGACAACCAAAGAAUUCUGGUUACUCAUGAUUCAUCUAUGUCUCACAACUUGGCAACUUCCACUGGCGGUCACAGGAUAGCAACUAGUAUAAAUGGCCAUCGACUAAUGGACGUCCAGACAGAUCAUACUACACGGUAUAUAACUCAUCAGGAGGCAAGUGUAGUCACAACUAUGUCUGGCCAAAGACUGAUUACGCAUCCAGCACAAGUUCAAACUCAGACUGAAAUGGAUGUGGCUGAGAGGCUAUUAGAUGAAGAAUCACCCGAGCACCAGAUGUUGGUGCAAGAACAACUUAUUCAUGUUGUUCUAGAUCAGAAUGCUCAAGCAGAGCUAGGAGUUGUGGUUCCCACACCAGGUCAGCGGGUUCUUCUUCAAGGACCUGAGGGAUGGACAACAUUGGACCCAGCAGGAUCCUGUGAACCAGAGACUACAGAUCAUGACUCGAGGGACACUGCAACAAUAGUAGAAAUUCAAGAUCAUCAAGGACUUACAGUGAAACAUGAAGAAAUUGACCUGGCUGAGUCUAUGGUGGAGGAAGUUGAAGGUUUGGAUGGGUCUGUGGAUGGCGUUGCUGAAGGCAGUGACGGCGAUGCUGCUGUUGAUGAUGGAGUGGAAGAUUCUGAUUAUGACGGGGAAGGUGACAUGAGAACUUCCAGAAGAAGCCUCCCCCACAAAAAAAGACUCUCAAAGAAGCUGAGAAAUCCUCGGAAACCUCAGCCUCAACCUUUGCCCAAGAGUGUCAAUGCAAAGAGCUUCAAGUGUAACAAAUGUGCAGAACAAUUUCCUACGCAGGCAGCUUAUGCAGCUCAUAGAGUUACCCAUAAUGUAUCAAGCAAAAAGAGUUUAUCAUUUUCUUGUGAGAUAUGUGGCAAAAUGCUAGCUAAUCAACUGAAAUUUUUUGAGCACUUAAAAGCCCAUUAUGAGCCUGGAUCAGGGGUACUUGUAAUUGAUCCGUCUAGUUCUGCAAAUGGGCUUGUAAGUAUGGAAAAUGGGUCAGCACACGAGAAAUUAGCUGAUGGCAAUGUGAAUGAGAAUACCGUUUUGAAGGACAACACACAUCGUGGACAUCAACAUAUUGUACAGCAUCAGCAUCAUCCGAAACAGGAGCAGUUACAGCAACACAAUUUGCACGCAGUGCCUGAGCAGGAAGCCUCACAGUCUCCGAACCAUCACCAAGUCCCUCAGCAGCAUAUUCAGAGGCAUGUACCGCGUCUUUUGUCUCAUCAAGUUCGACGCCACCAUGAAGAACCUAUGGAAGAGGAACAUCAAGUCGACAUGCAAACCAUGGUGCUCAAGGUGGAGAGCGAAAAGCCCCACAUCUCCAUGCAGCAGCAGCAGCAUCUUGUCCAAAUGCCUCAGCUUCAGAACGGCCGAAUGAGAUCUGUGAAGAAUGAACAGGAGAAUCUCCAGACCAUUCAGCAUCACCAGCGAACUCCCCACCACUCAUCUCAGACAAGUCGCCAAAGCACCACCCACCAGUCUCAAAGUUCCUUACAGCAGUCUGUGUUAAAUUCUGAUCCGCCACCAUUAGUUCCUAUCCUUCCUCCGGUCUCUACCAUCACAGGAUCUCUUAACUUAAGUUGCCAUUUGUGUGGAAAAAAUUUCCGGCGCCAAAAAACUCUAGAAACUCACCUGAGUAUUGCUCAUCCUAAACAGGAAGACAUCGAACAAUUUAGUGACCCUGAAGACAUGAUGGAGGGGAUUCGUGAAGUUGUGGAAGCAGGAGAAGGUUCUGAUGAAGAUUCCCAAUCCAUGGUUCGCCUGACAACACUGACAACUCAUAGUGCUGACUCAGUAGAUAAAUCACACUCCGACUCUUGGUAUCGCGAUGACGAUAUUUCAGCCACAGAAGCAGAUUUGCAAGCGCUUCAGCAUGCUGAAAACGAACAACGCAAUCAGGGACACAUUCAGCAUGAAGGAAAUUCUCAUCAACAGCAAGCAGCUACUCAGUUAGAGGUUGCUCACAUGUGUGACUUGUGUGGUGAUGCUUUCCAUUCCAAAGCGAGGCUCAACCAACAUCUCAGAGUGGAGCACAUGGAGCUUCGGCAAAAAGGGAAAGAUAAAGCUAUUGAAGAUGAUGACGACUAUCCCAAAGGCAAAAAGCUGCGCCGUUUGGCUUGUAACCAAUGUGACAGAGUUUUCAACCAUCGUAAUUCUCUGGUGUACCAUCUAAGAAGUCAUUCAGGAGAACGUCCUCAUCAAUGUGAAGAAUGUGGGAAAAGCUUCUUUGCAACUAGCGCUCUUAAGGUCCACAUGCGUUUACAUUCUGGUGAUAAACCUUACAAAUGUGAAUUUUGUGGCCGAAACUUCCGCCAAUGGGGAGAUCUUAAAUAUCACUGCACAUCUCGCCAUUCUGAAGAGAAGCAGUAUCAGUGUGAAUACUGUGGAAAAGACUUUGCUCGGAAGUACUCACUCAUUGUUCACCGUCGUAUUCACACAGGUGAAAAAGACUAUGUCUGCGAAUUUUGUCAGAAGAAGUUCAGAGCUUCUUCAUAUCUUCAGAAUCAUCGUAGGAUACAUACAGGUGAAAAACCACAUCGUUGUGAAAUAUGUGACAAACCCUUCAGAGUGCGUUCUGACAUGAAACGGCACCUCAACACUCACAAUCGAGAGAGGCAGCGUCUCUCAGGUGGAGCUAAUGCCAAUCGUGCCAACAAACAGGUGGAAGAAGUUGAUGAAGCUGAAGUUGAUGCACCAGAUUCGCAAGACCACAUGCAUCAAAAUCUUCAUAUCCAUGAGCUGGAUAACGCUACAACAAUUACCGUGAUGAAGACUGAUUCUGAAGGAGCGAUGGAGAUCUUGCCUGAUGACCCCAGCAGCCAGGGCGCUACCACAAUAAGUCUGAGUGCCCACUCGACGGAUGCUGGCCUGCAGUAUGCCAGCGAUAGGGACACCAUGGACUCCCACCACCGCUCGCACUCGGGCUCGGCGCAGACCAGUCAGCUUGUCUAUGUCCUGCCUACAAGUUAUUACAUGUAGAUGACUCUUAACAUCACCUGGCAAUUUUUGUGACAAUGCCCAGUAUCAACUGUGAACUAUCUCCGUUACUUCGUUUUCUCUGUGAUAUUUCUGAAGUCCGACUGCAAAAGGCAAUGACAAUGUCUUUGCACGGCUAUCUUCGACCCUUCAUGUUACCACCGUGAUCCUCAUUCGCAAAUUGUACAUAAUGGUAGUCCGAUGAAUUGUGAAUAUUGUACAGAGCUGCUAUAAUUUUGAGAAUAUGUAUGUUUUUGUUGAUUUUGAGGAAAAUUAUUGGUUUAAAUUUAUGUUGGGUCUUAAGAUAUUUGCUUUUAUUUCUUUUCACAAAGACUCCAUCUUGAAUGAAUCAUUUACCAAUUCUGUGUAUCCUAGAAAAAUGCAUGUAUUCAUGGAGAAGUGACCUGUCGUGGGGAAUAUUUUUCUGAGCAAUUUACUUUUAGCUGUUUGUCCUGCCAAAAUACUGUUCUUGGUGCAGCAUUUGUGCAUCAUUUUGUCAAGACUACUAUGUUUUCUUGUAAUACUGUGACCAGAAAAUUUUAUACAGCGUUGGUGCCUGUAAUUAAUGAAUUCAAUUAUGUUUUUCUCUGUUCCAAUUUAUAUGCAUCAAAUAUUAUGUAAUCACUGCCAUGAUUUAGAUGUUAAUUUGUAAACCAACAAUGAAUUCCUUAUUCUGCUGUGCAUCAAACCCGAAGUAUGAAUUACCUCUGUUAUAGGUCACUUAAUUUCUAUGGAAAUGUAUUUUUGUUCUGUGACACACAACACUAGAUAGUUAAUGUGUCUGAAGGUGUUUCACCUGUAGUAAUGUAUGUAGUGUAUAAAGUACAAACAUGUGUAUCCUUAUCUCUUAAUAUUUGUUGAAGUGUGAUCUGAGUUACAGACUUCAUGACAGAUUUUUUGGAGGCAAUACUUGUUUAGGAUGAUAGCUUUUAGUGCUGUGAUUGUGGAUUUACCUUUGAAAACACUUUGGUCCAAGGCUGUAAAUAUAUUAUGUCACUCCUGCAUUGAAAGUACAGUAACACUAGCAACUUAGGAACAUAUACAGUACUUUCUGAGAGAGGGGUUUUGUACAGUCAAAUGUGUAAGUGAGGCUUUAGUUCUGUUUUCUUGUAAGCAUGUGGUGAGACCCCAUACAAACUAGGAUCCUAAGUACUUCAAUUUAUUAGUAAGGUCAUUUCUAAGACAUAUCAGAAUUAAUACCACAUAAAGUAUAUUUUGAUGAAACAAUUUUGUUUUCAGUUCUGUUUUUGUAAUUGGUAUUUUCUUGUGAACUUCAAGAUUUCAUAUAUCACUGUAAAGAAUGCUGUGGCAAACUUUGGUGGCAUCUUGUGUGUUUGUGCUUAAGGUCAUGUCUUUUACUAAAGCACAAAUACCUGUUAGAUUUCACCACAUUUUUAAAGCAUUAAUCCUGCUUUGUGAUACAGUUUCUGGCACUUCACUUUGUCUGUGUUAACAGCAGAUAUUGAAAUUUUGCAACCUUGUGCCUCGGCUUUUGCAUCUUAAUACUCAUUUAUUCAUAUUCCUCCCUGUUGUUGGUGCUGCUUCAAGAACAAAUUCUUGUUAAUGUGUGGCCUUAAUUAAUUUAUUUUAAUUCUCUUGUUGAUGAAGGUUACUUCAUUAUUUAUCUCGUAAACAGAGUAGAUAAGGCCGAACUUGGUACAUUGAAGGUAUUGGUUGCCUUCUUACAGAAACAUCUUUGGAUAGGUGUGAUGAAAGAGCCUAGCUAUUUAUCUACGUACUUGUUGUUUUAUUUAGUACGUAAUUUUUCUCCAAUGCUUGCCCUUGUGUUUUGGUAACUCCCUUCCAUACCAGUGGAUAGUCUUUUGAUAUUAUUGUAUUUUGGGAAACACUGUGAAAUGCUCAUAACAUUUUAUAAAGUGGACUUCUCUUAAUUUUCCAUGAAUUUUGCUCAGCCUACACAACAAGCAGAUUUAACCUUUUAAUCUUAAUCUUGAAUUGUAUGCAAACCAAUGCUUUUUUGCUAUCAUUGGCAACCAUUAAAACAGCUAUCGGUUUUUUAAAAAUACUACAUCAACUAAGUCAACUGUUUUUAAAAUGAUUUUAUUUUGAUUCUGGAUUGUUACAUAUUUGUAUGUAUCUCCAUCUGUAAUUUUUUUUUUUCCUCCAAUCUGAUACCAGUACCUCAAACUCACAAUUUCCUUUUGUAACUGCUUUGCAAAGAUUUAUUGUGUUUUGGAUGAAACUAUAUUUCUGUAACAUUACAAUAAGGACGUUGACUAGGGAUAAUUAUUGCUAUAACACCAUACCGACCUUACACAAGGUCUCCUACUCUUAAUAUCGUAUUUUAUAUUUUUGAGAGGUUCAUGAUAAUUUUAACUAUUAGGACAAUUUAAAUGCUGAUUUUACUAGCACAAGACUGAAAACGAUAACCAAAGUGGCCAAAUGUGGAAAGUUAAAUCCUGUCUUAUGGCCAUCACAUUUUUGCUUGGACAUGGAACAACAUUGAUCCUUGGUUGUUCAACUUGUGGCCAAUCAUUGGUUAUUUCCCCUUCCUCUUCAAUCAUGUUGUGUCUCUUGAGAUUGUCUUGCGAUCUUCCUCACAAAAUGAACUAUGGAAUGUGGCAUUGUGAGUGUUUUGAGAACAAAGCAACUACAUCUCAAGGGUGGUUCAAUUUUUCAAUGAUGUUCUUGAAGUAGUUCUCCCUGCCCUUCUCAUGUGGAGCCAUAAUCUUAAAACCUAUGUUAAUAUUGAUAAGUAUUUUUCUGAGACGAAUGGAGGACUGAUGUUAUGUAAGUUAACUUUAUUGGUCUAUUGUACAUUAUGAAAUAGAUAACAUUGAUAUGCA